AGGUUGAAUAUAAAAAAAAUAUACUCAGCUAGAAUAUAUUUAGAAAUAAUGGCUAGCUGCUUAUAAAAAGUGACACUGAAUUUUCUUCAUUUGUGUACAGAAAAAGAUUGAAUAGUCGUUUUAUAUCUUAUUGUAAAUACUAUGGCAGGCGACGAAGAUGAUAACACAUGGCUUAUUGAGUUGGAGUCAGCAUUGUUAGAUGGAUGUUCACCGCAAGAAAUCAAUGUUAUUACGAAAGGCAAGAAGAUUCCAGAUAGUCUUCGCCCAGAUGUUUGGCUUGUAUGUCUAAAUUGUCAAGAUGGUGUUAACCAAUUACUUUUAUUUGAUGAAAUUUUUGAUUUACCAAAUCAAAAUGAACUACGUGAUGAUGUUAAGAAGUUUGUUCAAAGAUUGGAUAAUGAAGAUGAAGAAAAACUAGCAGUAAUAUCAGACAUAGAGUCAAUCAUUACAUUUUAUUGUAAAUCUAAGUCAAUUUCCUAUUCUUCAAAUAAUGGUUGGAUAGAGAUUCUGUAUCCAUUAUUAAGUUUGAAAUUACCAAGGUCUGAUACAUACAAUUUGUUUGAAAAAAUAAUAAAGCUAUACAUUCCAAAAGGCUGUAUAACCAAUGGGGUCCCCUUUCAUAUUUUACGAUUGGUUCUACAAUAUCAUGAUCCGGAACUUUGUUCCUUUUUGGAUACAAAACGAAUUACACCAGAACAGUAUUGUUUACCAUGGUUAAGAUCUCUGUUUGCUGGUACCUGUAAUUUGGAGGUAGUACUUUUUAUGUGGGAUCUAUAUUUUCAAAGAUCAGACCCAUUUUUCAUCUUUUUCCUCUGUCUAAUAAUGAUUGUAAAUGCAAGAGAGCAGUUACUACAAAUGAAAACUGAGGAAAAAUCCACAAUUAUAAAAACUUUAGUUGGAAUGCCUGGUGAUUUAGAAGCCAAUGAUGUAUCAGAUUUUUGUUCGUUAGCACAUUAUUACUCAUUGAAAACCCCGCAAUCAUUCCGUGAGGAUGUGUUAGAAGUACUAUUUUCAGAAAGUGGCUUAGAAAUCAAUUCAAAACUUUAUUCCCAAGCUUUAUGUCUUCCUGUAGCUGUACACGAACUAAUCGAGAGUGCUACGGUUGAUGCUGCGGACGUGGACAGUGUAAAAUUUUUCUUGGUGGAUUGUAGACCAGCAGAGCAGUAUAAUGCGGGCCAUUUGUCAACUGCUUUUCACCUCGACUGUAAUCUGAUGUUGCAAGAACCGAAUGCUUUUAACACAGCCGUGCAAGGCUUACUUAAUGCACAACGCCAUGCUUUAGCGGCUGGCUCGCUAGCUGCAGGUGAACACUUAUGCUUCGUAGGCUCAGGAAGAACUGAAGAAGAUAGCUAUGCACAUAUGGUUGUUGCAUCAUUUCUUAAGAAGAACACCAAACAUGUGUCGAUGCUCGAUGGUGGAUUUGUAGCGAUUCACGACUACUUUGGCCCUCAUAUGACAGAUUGUCUGGAAGAACAUAACAUUUCCACAUGCCUCGUGUGUGCCCCUAAUAAUAACAAUGUUAAUAAUGAACCACGCAAAGCGAAAGUCCGGGAAAAUGUACCAGCUAUACAACUUUUCAGCAAGUUAUCAUCUGCGAUGAAAGCAAAAAGUCAAGAGGUGAAAGGGAAAUUAAUCGAAUAUAUUGUUAAUCCUAACGCGAAUGUUAAUAACGGAGAAUGGCACGUUUCUGCCAAUGAUCGUAAAGAUCACAGAUACAGAAAUGUUCCCCCUGUGUUCAGUAUAAACGACGAAGAUGACGACUCACAUUCCGAUUCACGAAGAGAUAUCAUGAGCUCUGAUGCUUUAGAAGAAAUAGUCGAACUGCAGACAUUCCUUAAAGGACAUAAUGUUAUAGACAACUUUCAAUGUCAAGAAGUUUUACUUAACGGUUACAUGUAUGAUUCAUAUCUGAUCGUCACUGAUACACAUUUAAUUAUAUUACGUGAAAUACCUAAUAAACGUGGUUUUGCGAAAAUAUUAUCACGAAGACCGCUUUCUACUAUUGUAAAAAUAACUGCCAAGAAGAGACAUCCAGAACUAAUAACGUUCAAAUAUGGAAUACCAAAUGGUGAUGACCUACUAAUUAAAGAUAUGGAUCGCUUUCUUAUACCUAACGCGUCCGUAGCGACUAAAGUGGUCUCUAAUCAGAUCGUACUACAGUUGGAUAAUAAAAAUCAGUAAAUUAGCAGAUAAUUGUCUUUACUUGAUAAGAGACAUCGAAUGUUGAGUCAUUACCUUUUAAAUGUCGAUUACAUUUGUAGAAUUGAACGUUAUUUAGGGUAAAAAAAUAAUUAUUAUUAUUUUAAAAGCAUUAAAAACGACGAAUUAGCACAUGCAUAACCAUAAUGUCUAUAUUCCGAAUAAAUUAAAUAUUUAGGCAAAUUUUAAAACUUAUAUUUAUCCACUAAACUGCCUUUCAAGCUACUACAGCUGAAAAUUGGCUCUACAGAAAGAAAAAUAGCCCAUGCUUGGAUAUUUCAACCUUGUAUUUCAUUUACUCUUAUUGUCUUACGUCAUUCCUAUUAAAGCAAAAAUUGUGUUAAUCUAUAAAAAAAAAUAUCUGAAAGGUACUUUGAAUAUGUAUAGUAAAUAGUUAAUAGUAUUCCAGUUACCGCGAUGCUGAAUUUCAUUUUCUAGUUUUAGUCUACAGUAAGGUUUCAAAGCCAUAUGCGAUAUGCAUUUAUCUAUAUUGAAUACCUACAAUAAGUCUAUAUUGCACAGAGUACCUAACUUAAUAUGAUAACUUCACUGAAGCUAAGUAAAUACAAUUGAAAAUGAGUCUAUACUUCAUUGCUGUGAUUUUUACAAUAAACAGUUUAACUUGGAUAAGCUAGUCAUUGUCUGGUCUAGAUAGACGACUUCCAUAAGCGAGAAAAAUAUGGCGGUCCUUUGGACUCUCGCUUAUCUAGGUUUGACUGUACAUGGUAACAUUUGUAUGAAAAUCCGAUAUGUAUAUCGUUCGUAAAGUUCAUUAUAAACACAGCUUUAGUGUUUAUUUUUAUUAUUUUUUCUGUAGAAUAAGAUCGCAUGUUUAAAUAGAUAUUAGACCUCACAUGUGCAUUUGCGAAACGCACAAAUUAACAAGCUUGCCAUGAAUGUUUUAUAAAAUGCGAAUAACAAACAAAUUAAUUUAAAUGGCAUAA